GGUUAGCUUGCCUGUGUGGAGACGAAUGCUACUCUAGAUGCGCAUUUUAUUUCGAUUUGUCGAAGCGUCAGUAAUACAAAUAAAACUGAUGAUCGUGAGUUCCUUCUGUGAGGAGAAGCAAAUCCUCAUCAGGAAGUUCAUAGUUGAGAGGCUUUGGACUUUGAAGAAAUUUUGUGUUGGGAGCAGUGAGACCCCAGAUCCUGAAUUUCUUGUAAUCCCCUGAUCUGAGUGUCUACAGCUGCUCUGAGCACGAGACUUUCAGGAGUUCCUGAUGGCGGGAGAGUGGUUUCUGGUGGGUUUGGCUGGGGGCGUGGCUAUCCCUAUAUAAUCUGCCCCUGAACACAAUAAAGGGGGCAUUCUUAAGGAAUUCAAGGAUGACCCGUGUCGCUGUCUCUUUGUGUGUGUCUGUGUAUUUUAACCUCCAGCCCCCUUGCCCGAAGCUUGCGAACUGGAUGCCAGCGCACAGAGUGCAGACAUGGGGGCGCCGUGUGCGGCAAUUUUGGGUUUUUGUUUUUCUCAAAACAGGGUUUCUUCAGGUAGUCCUGGCUAUCUUGGAACUUGCUCUGUCGAUCAGACUGGCCUUGAAUUUACAGAAAUCUAGCUGCCUCUGCCUCCCUAGUUCUGGGAUUAAAGCAUUGGCUCUCAUUCUUCAACAUCCCCAGAAGACACAGUUUUCUCCAGAGACAGUUCCAUCCUGGAAGCCCCUCAUCUAAAAGGCCCUGUGAAGCCAGACAAUGCCUGUUGACUUGGGGCAGGCCCUGGGCCUGCUGCCUUCUCUGGCCAAGGCCAAAGCUGAAGAUGCCACAUUCUCUGGAUCAGAUGAUACCCAGCAAAGAGAACUCACUAACCCUGAGACUGCUCGCCAGCUUUUUAGGCAGUUUCGUUACCAGGUGAUGUCUGGGCCCCAGGAGACCCUGAGACAACUUCGAAAGCUCUGUUUCCAGUGGCUGCGGCCAGAGGUUCACACCAAAGAGCAGAUCCUGGAGAUCCUUAUGCUGGAGCAGUUUCUGACUAUCCUUCCUGGGGAGAUCCAGACGUGGGUGAGGAAACAGUGUCCAGGCAGUGGAGAAGAGGCAGUGACCCUUGUGGAAAGCUUGAAGGGAGAUCCUCGGAGACUGUGGCAGUGGAUUGGCAUCCAGGUUCUAGGACAAAAUAUCCCAUCCGAGAAGGCGAACUCGGCACACUGCCAAGGCAGUGAGGUGGAGUCCAGACUGGAAGUGGUGCCUCAGGAACUGCCCCUUCAGAAUUCACCCUCAGCUCCUGCAGAGCUGCUGAGCCAUGGCGUGAAAGAAGAAUCAGACAUGGAGCCAGAGUUAGCUCUGGCUGCUUCUCAGCUUCCUGCUAGACCAGAGGAGAGGCCUAUCAGAGACCAGGACAUGGGAACAGCGUUUCUCCCAGCAGUACAUCAGGAGCAGUGGAGGCACCUAGAUUCUACUCAGAAGGAACAGUACUGGGAUUUCAUGCUGGAGACCUAUGGGAAAAUGGUCUCAGGAGCAGGUAUUUCUAACUCCAAACCUGACCUGACUAACAUAACAGAAUAUGGGGAAGAGCUGGCAGGGCUGCAGCUUCACAUCAGUGAGAAGAUACCAAGACUCACCUGCAAAGAAGACAGACAAGAAAAUGACAAAGAGAACCUAAACUUGGAAAAUCACAGGGACCAGGGAUCUCUGGACGUUUUCUGUCAGGCAUCAAGUGAGGCACCACCACAGACUGACUUGGAUUUCCUGGGUGAGAGUGAGCUGCAUCGCUUUGGAGGAGAGAGUGUCCCUGAGGCUCUGGAAAGCCUUCAGGGUGAGGGAACAGGAGGGCAGCUCUUGCCUCCUGAAAGGGGCUCUGGGAGACAGCUAGGUCAGCACAUACAGAGUUCUUCUUCAGGAGAGCUGUCGUCAGCCUUGUGGCUGGAGGAGAAGAGAGAGGCCUCUCAGAAGGGACAGGCCAGAGCUCCCAUGGCCCAGAAACUGCCUACCUGCAGAGACUGUGGGAAAACUUUCUACAGGAAUUCACAGCUUGUUUUUCACCAAAGGACUCAUACUGGAGAGACAUACUUUCAUUGUCCCAUUUGCAAAAAAGCCUUUCUGCGAAGCUCGGACUUUGUGAAACAUCAGAGAACUCACACAGGAGAGAAGCCCUGUAAAUGUGAUUACUGUGGAAAAGGCUUUAGUGACUUAUCAGGCCUGCGCUACCACGAGAAAAUCCACACUGGAGAGAAACCCUAUAAAUGCCCCAUCUGCGAAAAACGAUUUAUUCAGAGAUCAAACUUUAAUAGACAUCAAAGGGUUCACACAGGUGAGAAACCUUAUAAGUGUUCCCACUGCGGCAAGCGGUUCAGCUGGAGCUCCAGCCUUGACAAACAUCAGAGGUCACACUUGGGUAAGAAGCCCUGCCCAUAGCCACAACCCCAGCCAGCCUGCCAUUCCAUUGCAGCCCUGCUCAGCUCUGCCUGGAGGGACUGCGACCAAAAAGGACCUCUUCUCUCUGAAGAAGGUUGCAGGGGAGAGGAACUGGGCACUGUUUUGACAUAGAGCAAUGUUGUUCUGAGUUGGAUUUAUUUAGUUUUCCCUUUUGCACUAGGAAAAGAAACCAGUCUUUUUUUUUUUUUUUUUUCAGCCGGUCUCUUACUUCAGACCCCUUGGGAAAGACAUGUCAUAUAGAUAAUGACUUCAAUAGCUCUCUCUGACAGGACCCUAACUGGUACAGCCACAAUGCUGCUGGCAGUGAGAACCUCCGAUCAGAUUUAGAACUAUGGUUCUAGAGUAGGCUGAUUAUUGCAGAAGGGGAGGUAGGGAGGCCUGAGUGCAUGCUUUGUCCAACAGGUGACAAAGUUCUCCUUUAACUGUCCCUUAUUUGAAAUAAACUGAAC